AUCGGUUUCACCCCGUAGACGAAAGAGAUCCCGUUACAACUUGCUAGGAAGAGUCGUUUCAGUCUCUGCGAGCGCCGUCAUCUUCGACAAUGAGGAAGAAGAUGAAGUUGUAGAUAUUGUCAACAUGCAUCAAAACGAAAACGAAAACUCUGGUUUGAUGGAGCUGGGACUUCCUUCACCUGAGCCUGAUCACAAUGAUCUUGGUUUUGGUCCUCUAUCCGGAGAGGGGGCUAUGCUGGUCGAUGACACAAGUAUGCAAGCAACCACAACCAUUGGCCCAGACCGUGACAUGUACACAGAGGUUACACCAUUGAAAGGCGCGCCGUCAGGAAUGCCUGACCCACAUGUGGACAUCACUCGCUUGAAUAGACCUGAGUACCCAAUUAUGGUUUGA